AUGGCGCCGUCCAAGAAGAAACAUGCCAAAACCACAGAGGCUUGUGUUAUUCCUGGAGGAUUUACAGUGCUUUCCUUACAGUUUAACUCCGACAGCGAGGCUCAACACAAACUGUAUGUGAAAGAGCACAAAGUACGAGCAGAGAAGAGUUCACACAGACCUCUGGAUAGGACUUUAUUUGUCCUUAACAUCCCUCCGUACUGCUCACAGGAUGUCAUCAAAGAGUUGUUCUCACAGUUUGGCUCCGUUCAGUCAGUGGAGCUGGGAGACCACCCGGGUUCAUUUCAACAGUCCGGACCCAGACUGUCCAGGUUCUUCAGACCAGCAGAAAAGCAGGGUUUCAAAGUUGGCUACGUCGUGUUCCAAAACACCUCGGGUGUGACAGCAGCUAAAUCACAUCCCCAUAAUGUGCCUUUGAUCGUCAGCACAGAGGAGCAUCCAGUGAAGACAGGAGUACACAAAUGGAUUCAGCAGUACACACAAUCUUUCAUCGAAUCAGACAAACUGCAAAAAAUAGUCGACUUGUUCAUGGAAGACUACGACAAGCGUAAAGAAGAGGAAGCGGAGCGGCAGAAGGAGGAGGCUGAGCAGCAACAGGAGGAUGAAGAGGGCUGGGUGAAAGUCACUAAAGGAAACAAGAACACCAAGGCCCGCCCUCACAGCGAGUCAGCCAACCAGAAGACUCUACAGAAAGAGAUGAGGAAGAAGCAGAGGAAGGAGCUCAUGAACUUCUACACCUGGCAGCACAGAAACACACAGAAAGAACAUAUUGCUGAGCUAAGGAAAAAGUUUGAAGAGGACAAACAGAGAAUAUCUCUGCUGAGAGCACAGAGAAAGUUCAGACCUUACUGAAUCCAUAUUCCCAUAUCCUUUACCUACCUUUAUCUACCUGCAUUUGUCUUUGAUAAUUUCACUGCUUUUGUGUAUUUUAGUUACAUAAUAAACUAUUCUGAU